AUGGUGCUGAGUACCGAGUGGGCGCAGGUCGAAGUCGUCGAGCUUACGAAUGAUGGCAACGGCCUCGGGUUCAAUCUGGUGGGCGGACGGAGCACCGGUGUUGUGAUAAAGUACGUGUUACCUGGAGGUGUCGCGGACAAGGACGGACGGCUGCAGAGCGGUGACCACGUCUUGCAGGUCGGCUCGGUCAACCUGCGAGGUUUCACUUCAGAGCAGGUCGCCGCAGUCCUGCGUCAGGCCGGACCAGCUGUACGUCUCUUAGUGGCCCGACCUGCUGAUCCGGCUGCUGCAUUACGUGCUCCAUUACCAGGAACCGCUCUCGUACCUACAAAGAUCCUUGCAGACCCUGAACUCCUAGACCGGCACCUCAUCGAAACUGGCUAUGGUGCUGUGUAUGACCUGUCUCAGUGCUUCACAGAUUACAUUAACGGUCAAAACUGUGAGGAGGAACCAAACAUUGUAGCAGCUGCUGUGAGCGUCAUUGGUGAUAACCCUCAGCAAAUACCAGACCUGCCCAUCAUAUCCGAUGCUAUAUCACCAACCAUCACAAUUACAGUUCCAGUUGAGAUACAGAACUCGCCUGAGAUUGAGAUUGUGCAAGUGGAUUUAAACAAAAAUGUGUAUGGCUUGGGUAUCACAGUUGCUGGUUAUGUUUGUGAAAAAGAAGAAUUAUCUGGUAUAUUUGUAAAGAGUAUUAUCGAGGGCAGCAGUGCCGAACAGAGUGGUAAAAUUAAAAUAAAUGAUAGAAUAAUAGAAGUAGAUGGAAUAUCUUUAGCACAGAAGACUAAUCCUCAAGCAGUUGAGGUUUUAAGAAACACAGGAAUAGCUGUGCACUUAGUGUUAGAACGAUAUUUGCGUGGUCCAAAGUAUGAACAUCUUCAGCUGGCGAUAUUCAAUGAAGAGCGUCCAUCGUCACCUUCACCUUCUACUACAACCCUGUCCUGGUUCCCAGUGCCUUCCCAAGCUGAUAAUAGUACAGUAGAAAUUGAACCUGAGCCUGAAUCUAACACAACAAUUGAUUCUGGUGUUUUAGAAGUGGGUGAAAAAGAAGAUGAACCAACACAAGAAGAAUUAGACAGAAGAUUUGAUGAAAUAUUGGCAGUUGAUGUGGAAGAUUUGAAGAAAAAGUGGCAGGACGAAGUUGGUCAAGACAAGGAGGUUAUAGUUGCCGAAGUCCGAAAACUUGAUGGUCUUGGCAUCAGUCUUGAAGGUACAGUUGAUGUAGAAGGAGGUCAAGAAGUUAGACCUCAUCAUUAUAUCAGAUCUGUACUCCCAGAAGGUCCAGUGGGUCAAGAAGGUAUAUUAUUGGCUGGAGAUGAACUUUUAGAAGCAAAUGAAUACAGACUGCAUGGUCUAACCCAUACUGAAGUUGUAAAUAUUUUGAAAAAUCUUCCUAACCGAGUUAGAUUAGUUUGUGCCCGAAAUAGCGUUGAGAGUGGUCCUCGACCGUUAAUUAACCUAGCACCGGACAGAGAAGGAUUUGAAGCUCGGAAGAUCAUAUCUGGAAGCUUGAAUAACUUGACCAAUUUAGUCAAAGCACAGUCAGAUACUUCCAUCAACACCACAAGCACAGCAACACUUACAAAUCAUUCUGGACAUUCAAAGAAAUCAAGAUCUUUAGAGUGUGUGUCAGGAUUAGCAAUGUGGCAGAGUAAAGAAGAUAUUGUGGAGCUAUUAAAAGGUGAUCAGGGAUUAGGCUUCUCAAUAUUGGACUACCAGGACCCUGUUGAUCCUCUAGGAACUGUGAUAGUGGUCAGGAGUUUGGUACCAGGUGGAGUAGCAGAGAAGCAUGGUGAUAUAUCACCGGGAGAUAGAGUAAUGUCAGUGAAUGGAGUCAGUAUUAAAAAUGCGACACUAGAUCAGGCUGUGCAAGCUUUGAAAGGAGCGCCAAGGGGUAAAGUGAGGCUUGGUGUGGCGAGGCCUCUGCCCCCUCACGAUUCGAAGUCGAAAAGCAGCACAAAUCUGAAUACGAAGACAAGUUAA